CACAUCUUGUGCUACACAACAAGACAUACAAACGCUAUAAGAUGGCUAUCCCACCAUCCUUCGUUACCAUCCUGUCAGUCAGGCCGUUCGGCCAGUCCACACUAGCCAUGGCACAAAGCUACCUGUCCAUCCGCCCAGUGCAGAUCAGAAAGACCUUUCGGUUUGACAGUCAGUGCGAUGCCCACGCCCACCGAUCUCACCCUUCACUUCUGCUCGCUGUCACGCUCCGUCGCGUGCCUCUUGCAAACAAUGCUCAGUUCCGACACAGCAUGGUCAACAGCGUUGCUGUUAAUCCUUGUAGUAUUUCUGCUUUUACUCGCGCGGGCGAGAUGGAUAAUGCGACAGAGGCAAAUACCGAUAUUGUAAAGGCGUCCGGACGGACUGUGGAUGAUGUCAAAAUUCUUCAUGUAUAGUGUUAAUGUUUGAGAUGUUUAACAUCUGCCUUUGUUACUACUGGGUAGGAAACUGGUGCGACAUCAGCAGUGCUGGUCCA